AUGCCGCGCAUGCCGCGCGUGACGUACCCGCGGGGCCCGUUGCGUGGGCUGCUGGUGUUGUCAGCUCUGAUGGCUGGCCUUGCGUUCAUCCCAGGAAAAGCCACGCGAGGCUGUCAGGCUGCUGGCCUUUCGGGCCUGGCGGCGGGUGCCUCCUGUGCCGGCGCCGCCGGCGCCGAAGCGAUGCCCAUGGCGCCCAGCGGGGUGAAUGCGCUGCCGGAGGCGCAGCAGGCACAGGUGGUCCUGGCCAUCUUUGGCGCUUUGGCCCUGUUCACCUACGUCCUGGUGGGGCCCAUCUUCCAGUUUCUUCAGAAGAUCCUCCCCGAGGGAUGGUUCAAAGGCUGGCAGAAGACCUGGCCAAUUCUCGGCGCCUUCUACAUGGCGGCAGGCGUGGCACACUUCACGGCAGCCGAAGCCUUCGAAGCGAUCUAUCCACCCAUGGGGACCUGGGGGGUUCUGGUACUUGCCUGGCUCUGCCUCGUUCCACGUGGCCUGGACCGGCGUGGCGGAGCUCUUGGGCGGCACCGGGCUCUUCGUGGGAGCGCUCCUCUGGGGCCUCGCAGGCGCUUUGCAAUGGGAGCUCCCUGCUGCCGUGAAGCGCCUCCCAGCCUUGAGCGCGCUGGGUCUUUGCGCGCUCACGUGCGCGGUGACCCCGGCGAACGUCUACAUGUACACACACGGAGCUCAGAUGGUAGGGCUCACUCCCGGGGAUCAACCCAUCCCCGUGGAGUUUCAUCUCAUCCGGGGCCUUCUGCAGGUCGUUCUGCUGGGCCUUUUGUGGAGCUAUUCACGUUAGCCUUCAAAGCCUCCGACCGGGAGGAGCUCUCCAAGCUGCCGGCGGCUUUGGUGCUCCUGUUGGAGAUCAUCCAGACCCCGGCAGAUGAUCCAAAGCUGCGGCGGGCAGCAGUGAAGGCGUUGGGCUGCACGCUGGCGGCGCUGACGCCCCAUGCUCCACCUCACCACGUGCCGGAAGUGGAUCGUGGGGUUCAGGCGUUGAUCGCCCAGCUGCUGCAGCCGCCGGCGAAGCAGGUCCACACGGAAGAGAAUGCCUACAAGGACAGCUGGUGGAGUGGCGAUGAUGGAAAAGACGGAUAUGAUGUGCCGGUCGCACCUGUGACGCAGGCUGCGGCAGAGGCCAUCGGCCGCAUCGCUCUGACCACCAGCGCCUGGCGACCCGUGCUGCGGAGCUGUGCCAUGGAGGCCCUGACGAAUUGGAUUCGCUACGGCUUGCCGGACCGGAAGCUGAACAAGUAUCUCUUCUGGGCGGCCGCCGCGAUGUCGGGUAUGCCCUUUGUCGCGAAUGAGGUGAAGCUCCACAUGAACAGCGUCUCCGCGGUUGAUGCGGCCCUUUGUACCAUCAUCGAUAUCUUGGAUGAAGACAUCGAUGGUGAGUAUACCCUCGCAGGAGCUGACCGUGGCGAGGCGGAGAUGCCGGACCUCUUGGGCCUCAUCGUGCAAGCCAUGGGCCUCCAUUCGGGCGCGCCCGAGAUUCAAGCGCGCGGCUCCACGUGCAUCAGCUUACUGGUGCCUUAUGUGCCCUUUGCGAAGCUCAGUGCCGUGGCGCCGGUGGCCAUCGUCUCGGUACUCACUGGCCAUCGCCGGUUCCCCAGGAGGAUGGAUGUGAUGAGCGGUUCUGCUUGCGCACUGCGGGCCUUCUGUGAACUAUGCAGGAGACAUCAGGGCGCCGAGGGCACCGAGGUCAUCGUGUCCCGGCUUCGCCAGGAGGGUGCGAGCGAAUGUAUGGAGCAGGUCUUCAUGGGAUUCUCCCACUACGAGGAUGCCUCGGAGCUCCUCGAGGACGCUGCGGCGGUGCACGCGCAGCUCUCGGGAGUGGAGGCGCUGCUGAAGCGCCUGGCAGAGGAGCCAGCGACCUCGUUACUGCGGGUGGCCGGGCUGAAGGCGAUCUUCGAGGAGGGCCGACUCGACAUGGACUUCUUCUCCGGCCGUGCGGCCGCCACAGCCAUUGAGGCCUGUGAACGGAUGGUCUUGGAGGCACGCGCCGACGAAGACGGACGUAGGAGCCCUCGGAUCCACCCAUUGACACCACUCGGCUCCAUGAGGUCGCGUCCCUGGUCUCGGGUCUUUGUCGAGGUCGGUUGGCGGCCUUGGGGUAGCACGUGCGGUGGCUGGUGGAAAUCCUCCGGCUGA